AUGGCUCCCCUGGAUUCGGAGAUCCACGGAUGGAACAAAAUACCUCGUAACUUCUGGGAGCCCGCGCCGCUUGAGGACUAUGUCAGACGUACGGUGGAGCAGCGGAUCUACCUUUCAGGUUGGCACCUGCAGUCGCCACGACUGCAACUGGCCUUCAGGCUCCGCUGCGACAGGCUCUGGAACAACGCCUCAGCCUUUGUCAUCUUGUACCAGAGCUGGGUUCUUCUUCGGGAUGAAGAUCGGUGUGCUGUUUUUACUGCUAUUCUCGGCUUUGAUGCUGUGUUUGGCAGGGCAAUGCUCAAUGUCCUGUGCCUUCGGCAGAAUCCCGCCCUCGACGAGCUGGACUAG